AAGGAAUCCACAUAUCCCCGAAUAUUCUCCCUGUAUCAAACAAACCUCAGCCUAUUCCUAUAUUUACCAUUCUACCCUUUCCCAAGUAAAAUCCGAAUAAAUCUAAACAUCAAGAAGAUUCGGUUUUAGGUACGCGACGGCCCGACCUCGAUUAGACACCAAUCCUCUUUCUCUGCCCUUUAAAACUUCCAACUUAAAAACGUCAAAGUUUUAUCCUUUCUCUCUCAUUUUAGAUCCAAAACUCUUCUCUGUCUCUCUCAAGAUUUAUGUUUUCGUAACUGUAACUCAUAGCAAAAACGAGUCUAAGAUCUGUUCAUAAUGAUGAUGUUCAAGAGCGGUGACAUGGAUUACACCCAGAAAAUGAAGAGAUGUCACGAAUAUGUAGAAGCUCUAGAAGAAGAACAAAAAAAGAUUCAAGUCUUUCAACGUGAGCUCCCUUUAUGUUUAGAACUUGUAACCCAAGCUAUCGAGUCAUGUCGGAAGGAGUUAUCGGAAUCUUCAGAACAUGUUGGCGGCCAGUCAGAAUGUUCUGAGCGGACAACUAGUGAAUGCGGCGGUGCCGUGUUUGAAGAGUUUAUGCCAAUCAAGUGGAGUUCUGCUUCAUCUGAUGAAACCGAUAAAGAUGAAGAAGCUGAGAAAACUGAGAUGAUGACCAAUGAAAAUAACGAUGGUGAUAAGAAGAAAUCGGAUUGGCUUAGAUCUGUUCAAUUGUGGAACCAAUCACCAGAUCCACAACCUAAUAAUAAGAAACCGAUGGUAAUUGAAGUCAAACGCAGCGCUGGUGCGUUUCAACCGUUUCAAAAGGAGAAACCUAAGGCUGCAGAUUCUCAACCACUUAUUAAAGCAAUUACUCCGACGUCGACGACGACAACUAGUUCCACGGCGGAAACCGUCGGGGGUGGAAAAGAGUUUGAGGAGCAGAAACAAUCUCAUUCGAAUAGGAAGCAAAGACGUUGCUGGUCACCGGAGUUACACCGCAGAUUCUUGCACGCGCUUCAACAACUUGGUGGAUCACAUGUUGCUACGCCUAAGCAGAUUAGAGAUCUUAUGAAGGUCGAUGGUUUAACUAAUGACGAAGUUAAAAGUCAUUUACAGGUAACAAAACAUAAUCAUUUUAUGUUCUCACUACAACAUAGAUUCAUAGUUCUAUAAUUUUUAUCAACUUUCUUGAUUUUUAUAGAAAUAUAGAUUGCAUACAAGAAGACCAGCUACUCCGGUAGUAAGGACCGGUGGUGAAAAUCCACAACAACGGCAGUUUAUGGUGAUGGAAGGCAUUUGGGUACCUUCACACGAUACAACUAAUAAUAGAGUUUACGCUCCUGUGGCGACACAACCGCCGCAAUCUUCAACGUCGGGAGAGAGAAGCAAUCGGGGUUGCAAAUCUCCCGCAACAUCUUCUACUACUACACACACACCACACCUUCUUCCUCUUUCAUAAAUAUAUAGUUACCGAUUUGUAUGAAAAUUUGUUUUCUUCUUUAUAUAUUUGUUUUGUAACCAAGAAUGUUCGUUCUAGGUUUAAGAGUUUUGAAUAAAUUGUAACAAUAGAUAUACAUUGCACACAAUUGAAUAAAAGAAAAAGUUUUGAUAUUUCUUUCGAGUUUUAUGAUAAUACUAUUGGCUUUUGCCUUUUUGGGUGAGUGAUUCCGUCUUGAUAUGGCUACAUAUCAGAAAAUGAUCUUCAUAUGUGGGAAAGAAAAUUCAACAUCUGAUUUGGUGAAUUAUAUAAAUGGAAUUGUGCAAUUUAAUACAAAGACGUAACUUUAAGAAUUUUCUGGUCCAUUGUGGUAAGUAGUAACGC